UACUUCUAGACCCUUCAUUUCCUUUUAAAAGGCACGACUUCUCUCUUCUUCUCCCGUUCCUGUAUUCUCUGCCUCUGUCUUCCGUUCUCUCUCUGCUUAGUCUCUGCCAUCGUGCAUUUUCUGCCUUCACAUUCAAAUUAUGUAUCGCUUCUCCACAAACCUCGCCUCGAAAGUUCGGGUCGCUAGGAACGGCAGCCAGCAGGUUGGUAGUAGAUUGAGUUGGAGCAGGAACUAUGCGGCCAAAGACAUUAGAUUUGGGGUGGAGGCCCGGGCUCUUAUGCUUAAGGGUGUCGAAGAGCUCGCCGAUGCCGUCAAAGUCACAAUGGGUCCAAAGGGGCGUAAUGUGGUAAUUGAACAAAGUUGGGGUGCCCCAAAAGUGACAAAAGAUGGCGUAACUGUCGCAAAGAGCAUUGAAUUCAAGGACAAAGUCAAGAACAUUGGUGCCAGUCUUGUGAAACAGGUUGCAAAUGCCACCAACGAUGAAGCAGGGGAUGGGACCACCUGUGCUACGGUCCUUACACGAGCAAUAUUUACCGAAGGGUGCAAGUCAGUUGCUGCUGGGAUGAACGCAAUGGACCUAAGACGGGGUAUUUCCAUGGCAGUCGACGCUGUUGUUACACAUUUGAAAAGCAGUGCACGAAUGAUUAGCACAUCUGAAGAAAUAGCACAGGUUGGGACAAUAUCUGCAAAUGGAGAGAGAGAAAUUGGUGAGUUGAUUGCUAGGGCUAUGGAGAGAGUUGGCAAAGAGGGAGUAAUCACAAUUCAAGAUGGGAAGACAUUGUAUAAUGAGUUGGAAGUUGUUGAGGGCAUGAAGCUAGAUAGGGGUUACAUAUCCCCUUAUUUCAUUACUAACCAGAAAAACCAGAUGUGUGAAUUGGAAGAUCCUCUCAUUCUAAUUUAUGAAAAGAAAAUCUCAAGUUUAAAUGCUGUUGUUAAAUUAUUAGAGCUGGCUUUGAAGAGACAAAGGCCCUUACUAAUUGUAGCCGAGGACGUGGAAAGUGAAGCUUUGGCAACUCUUAUUCUGAAUAAACUUCGUGCUGGAAUCAAGGUUUGUGCCAUCAAAGCCCCUGGUUUUGGUGAAAAUAGGAAAGCCUUCUUGCAGGAUCUUGCCAUUCUUACAGGAGGACAACUUAUCACCGAGGAGCUUGGCUUGAAUCUUGAAAAAGUGGAUUUUGAUAUGCUUGGAAGUUGCAAAAAGGCCACAAUAUCAAAAGAUGACACUGUUGUUCUUGAUGGUGCUGGGGACAAGAAGGCCAUUGAGGAAAGAUGUGAACAGGUAAGGUCAGCAAUUGAAAAUAGCACAUCUGAUUAUGACAAAGAGAAAUUACAAGAGAGAUUGGCCAAGCUUUCUGGGGGUGUUGCUGUGUUGAAGAUUGGAGGAGCCAGUGAAGCUGAAGUUAGUGAGAAGAAGGAUAGAGUGACAGAUGCCUUAAAUGCCACAAAGGCAGCUGUAGAGGAGGGUAUAGUACCAGGUGGUGGUGUUGCUCUUCUUUAUGCAUCAAAAGAGUUGGAAAAGCUGGAAACUGCCAACUUUGAUCAGAAGAUUGGUGUUCAGAUUAUUCAGAAUGCUCUCAAGACACCUGUGUACACGAUUGCUUCUAAUGCUGGAGUUGAGGGGGCUGUUGUUGUCGGAAAGCUAUGGGAAGAAAGUGACCCUAAUAGAGGAUAUGAUGCAGCCAAAGGUGAAUAUGUUGAUAUGGUCCAAUCUGGAAUAAUUGACCCAGUGAAAGUAAUUAGGACUGCUUUGGUCGAUGCCGCAAGUGUGUCAUCUUUGAUGACAACAACUGAAGCUGUUGUGACUGAAAUUCCAAAGGAUGAUAAAGAGGCUCCGGCAAUGGGUGGCGGCAUGGGUGGCAUGGAUUAUUGAAGAACAUCAUGUCAUGGCUAGUUGUGGAUCCUCGUCCAUGUUUUCACUCCAACAUCCAUACCUGAUGCAAACAUUAGGAUUUUUUUUUUUUUUUUGACUGUCUUGAUUGGGUUUGGUCAUAAGGUAUUCCUGUAACCAUAGAAAGCAAAUCUUUUAGAUAGUUUGGUAACAUGGGAUUAAACUUGCGAUUGUUGCUGCGCUGAUUAUUCAAAAUUGUAUCGGAACAAUACAAAGUGAAUUGCUUUCCGAUCAAAAAAAAAAAAAAAUUGUAUCGGAACAAGAAUUUUUGCAAAUAAAUUAUUGACUUUCUCUAA